AUGACUCCUCCCAAGGGUAUGACGAAGUGGAAAAUGAAGUUCUUUUACAUCAAAGCUGCUGCAAUUGUUGCAAAUAUGACGUUUCGGAAUGUGACCGAGACGAUCAUAACAGAGACCAUUGCGGUCCCGAGUUUGAAGACGGUGGAGUGGUUUCCGCGGUUGCAGACCAUUGAAUCGGUGAAGCUGAGCAACACACAGUUGUGGGUGUUGCGCAUGAUGCUGACAAGGAGGAACAAGAAGUCAAAGCCCGUGGUGCGGUUGAAAAGUGGUGGUGAUCUUGGGGCCUUAGGGGACCCUAACGCGAAGGGUGUGCCUAAGAGGCAAGUGGCGAAAGGCGUGCGCUUCCGCCAAAAGAAAAUAUCGGAGGUCACUGUUGUGCCUCAUCUGGUGCCGCAGGCGGCAGCUGCGGGUGGAAGCGCUGCGGGUUCGCAGUCUGUUGCUGGGAAGAGGCAAAUGGAGGAGACGGCCGCUGGUGCCGGUGAACCGAAACGUCGGAGGUUGCAGUCUAAAAGGACUGGUCCGACACCAAAGAAACCUGCGGUUACUGUUGAGCUGCAAGAUAAAGAUUUCUCUAUCUUUGAUGCUCCAUCGUCACCCCCGCAUACCACGGGUGCGGGUGCGUCUGAGGAACCUUCGGCGCCUUUUGUUAAGGUGGUGCCUGAUUCAACCGUGCGAACGGAGGGUACUGCGGAGAAGGUGGUGACCCAGAUAUUCGAUACCGUUGAUUCGUCCAACAAUCUGAUCUCUCCCAAUGAGGGUGAUAAUUUGGGUCUACGAUUUUCUGAUUCUGGGAAACAAAAGUCUGAUGCAGAGCCGCAAAAAACUAAUGCUGGGCCGCAGAAGUCUUCUGCUGGUGAGAAGGCUGCUGGUUCUACUUCUGGUGGUGCGGGUUCCGAUGAGUCUCCCAUUCAGCCUGGGGAGUCUGAAUUGGAGGAGAUUCUGGGUGGUUUGGGUACCCCCUUUGAAGUUGAACGUGCCCGUGCCGCGCCUCGUGAGCUGCGCAUCAACCAGCUCUCUACAAUGUUAGUAGAAACUUCCAUUGUGGCGAAUGCCAUUUUGGAAGAUUACAAGGUGCUGGGUCGCCGCGAGGAAGAAGCUGCUCGCUUGCGGGCGGAAGCAGAGGGGUUGGAGUUAACGAAUACCAAGGCAGCGAACGCUGCUUUGGUCAAAGAAAAGGCUGCAGCUGAGGCGGUUGCGGUUAAGGCGCAACAAGCAGAGGCCCUGGCUGUUAAGGCGCUGGGAGAGGCCAAGGAAACGGGGGCCCGUACUGCGAAGGCCCUUGAUGAGGCCAAAGAGAGCGAAAACCGCACUUCGAAGGCUCUGGAAGAGGCGAACGCUGAGCGUACCCGCUUGGGUAAGGUUGUUGCCAGUCUUCAGGCUGAAGUUCAGGCCCGGGAGGUUGCGGUUACGGACCUUACAGCCCGCGCGACUGCCGCGGAAGAACGAGCUAAUGCUGCUGUUGAGGCCAGAGAUGCUCUGACCUUUUCGUUUAACCAACUGGAGGCUGACCGUGAAUGGAUGCGGAGUCACGGUAUCGCGUGUAUGAGUAUCCCUUGCCUUUAUAUUUGCUUGGAUUAG